UCUAAGAUGAGCGGUGAGGUCCCCUCGGGCCUGGAAGGCAGGGUCCGGAAAACACUGCGCAAGGUCUUCGGGUUUGAGUCCUUCAAGACUUCCCUGCAGGAAAGUGCAACCAUGACUGUGGCAAGAGGUGAGAAGGAUGUCUUUGUAUGCAUGCCCACAGGGGCAGGGAAAUCUCUGUGCUACCAGCUUCCUGCAGUUCUGGCAGUGGGCAUCACCAUCGUCAUUUCACCUCUGAUUGCACUGAUCCAGGAUCAAGUGGAUCACUUGCUGGCUCUGAAAAUCAAAGCCUGCUCUCUCAACUCCAAGCUCUCUGCCCAGGAAAAGAAGACCAUCCUGGCUGACUUAGCAAGCGAGAAGCCCCAAGUAAAGCUCCUGUACAUCACCCCAGAGAUGGCAGCUGCCUCUUCUUUCCAGCCUACCCUGAACUCUCUGGUGACCCGAAACCUCUUGUCCUACCUGAUCAUCGACGAGGCCCAUUGCGUCUCCCAGUGGGGACACGAUUUCCGGCCCGACUACCUGCGGCUGGGCGCCCUGCGCGCUCGCAUACCCAGCACGCCCUGCGUGGCCUUGACUGCCACUGCCACCAAGCAGGUCCAGGAGGACAUUGUGGCAGUGCUCAAGCUAAAGCAACCACUUUCCACAUUUAAGACUCCUUGCUUCAGGUCUAACUUGUUCUAUGAUGUGCAGUUCAAAGAGCUCUUGACCGAUCCGUAUGCCAACCUGAAGGAUUUCUGUCUCAAGGCACUUGAAGUGAAGAACACCCCUGGGGUGUACUCUGGCUGUGGCAUUGUGUACUGCAGGACCAGGGAUGUGUGUGACCAGCUGGCUAUUGAGCUGAGCUACCGAGGAAUGAAAGCCAAGGCAUAUCAUGCAGGCCUGAAGGCAGGUGAGAGGACUUCAGUCCAGAAUGAAUGGAUGGAGGAGAAGAUCCCAGUUAUUGUAGCAACCAUCAGUUUUGGAAUGGGAGUAGACAAAGCAAACGUCAGAUUUGUGGCCCAUUGGAAUAUUGCUAAGUCAAUGGCUGGAUAUUACCAAGAGUCUGGCAGAGCUGGGAGGGAUGGGAAGGCAUCCUUCUGCCGCCUCUACUACUCAAGGAAUGACCGGGAUCAAGUCAGCUUCCUGAUUAAGAAGGAGCUCUCCAACAUCCAGGAAAAAAAAGGGACCUUAAAAGAGUCUGACAAAGCUGUGAUGACCGCUUUUGAUGCCCUUGUGAACUUCUGUGAGCAGCUGGGGUGCCGGCACAAUGCCAUAGCCCAGUUCUUUGGAGAUGUCUCCCCACCUUGCAACAAGGGCUGUGAUUACUGCAAGAACCCAGGGGCAGUGAAAAGGCAACUGGAGUCACUGGAGCACUGCACCAACAGCUGGAGCAAAACCUGCAUUGGGCCCACAGGCUCCUCCUGGGACAGAUACGACCCGGAGCUGUACGAAGGUGGGAGGAGAGGCUGCGGAGGUUUCAGCAGUUAUGAUGAAGAAGGCAGUGGGCGAGGGGGCGAAGCUGAUGAGGAGAGUCGGAAGCGAGAGUGGAACAACUUCUACCAGAAGCAGAUGAGCCUGCGCAGGGGCAAAGAACCAGAAAAGGAUGAUUUUGUUCCUCCCAGUGCAGACUGUCCCUUGAAGGAUGCCUCCAGCAGGAGGAUUUCCAAGCUGACGGUGAAGGGACGGGAACACUGCUUGAAGUUGCUGGAAGAAGCUUUGAGUGCCAAUCAGAAGAUACCAGCAGCAGAAGGCAAAGGGUCAGACCCUCAUGCCUGUGCUGUGGAGCUGGAGUAUGAAGUUUUCCGAGUCAGUAAAAUGGCCAACUUCUACAAGGCAGGUGUGCUAAAGAAGGUAGGAGAAAUCAACAAAGCCUCAAAACAAGGAGAAUUGUUCUCAGUCUUUGGGUCUGGAACUGGGGACAAAAGCAGCUCAGAAACAAAACCUGAAUCUCCAGCAGAAGCUGAUUUCCUGCCUGCCUCCCAGGUUUACUCGUUCAAACCCAAGCGUGUGGGAUUAAAACUACCAGAGGCAUCCAGCUUGUUCCAGACAGCUUCUGAACUGCUGAAGGGCCAGGAGAAGAGCAAGGUAAAGCCAGGCAAAAAAAAGGCAGCUUGUCCAAACAGGCAAGACAACAGCAACUGCAGUCAGGAACUGGACACCAGAAAACCUGCUCUCCAGAAGGAAGAAACAGAAACCAAAGCAAGUAGUGAGGGUGCUGGGGCAGAAGUACUGCUGCCUGAAAAGAGGCGACAGCAGCCCAGUCCAGAUGCAAAAGCUGCCCUUCAGGAGAGCCCUGCUAAGAAGUUCAAACCUAGCAAGAAGCAGAAAAUGCUUGCAGAAGCAGCUAGAAAGGACUCCCAGGAUAUUUUCAAAUUCUUCUCCCUUCCCAAAGAUGCUUCUAAAGCCAAAGGCUGCAGUUCAGCAAAGGAAGAUGGCUGUUCUGCAGCAGCACUACCUCAGGUUUCUUCCCAAAGCACGUGUCAAGAAAACCCAAUACCUCAGGAAAAGGAAGGCAUCUCUGGAGAAGAUGCCACUGGACACUCCCAGGCAGAGAAUGAAGAACUGGGGGCCAUGGAAGUAACACUGACUGAGAGAGAGGAGGAUUUUAAGACCCAGCAGGCUGCUGAAUGUGAACUUCCUCAGGAAGACCUUGCUGUAAAAUCCAGCAGUGUUACUGAAGAUGCUGCACAAACUGAGCAAACUGUUGCUGGGGAAGGUGAGAGUGGGAAGAGACCAGGAUCAGAUGAGGAUAUGGAAAGUUCUGCAGCAAAGCAGCUACGGACAAUGGCAAAAUCUUCUAUUCUAUCCCAGCCAGAAAGCAAAGGUGUUGGUCCUUCAAAGAAGAAGGUGACUUUUGAUCCAAGCCUAUCACAGUGUCAUAAAGAAGGAACCAGCAAGACUGUGCAGCCAGUGACCAAAGGCAUGUCCCUCAAAGAGACAGCAGACAUCGUUGUCAAGUAUUUGACCCCCUUCUACAAGGGUGGCAAAUUUGCUUCCAAGGAUCUGUUCAAGGGCUUUGCUCGGCAUCUGUCUCACCUCCUGACCGAGGAGCAGAACCCUGGCCGCAAGACUGUGAAGGAGGAAGCACAGAGACUCAUCAAGGAGUUUUUCAAGACACGGGUCAGGUGUGAGAGCGAGGCAGACUGGCAGGAGCUGCAGAGCUCGGAGAGCUGAUCCAUCCUGUUGGUUGUCUUCCUUCCUCCAGCAGUGGGACCAGGGGAUCCUGAAGAACUCAGCCCUGGAGGGUUUGAGGAGCCUGCAGAAGUGAGCUUUUGUUCCUCACUGCUGCCCUUAGCGACGUGCACCUUACUGUGAGCUCGUGGAGAGUCCCUCCGAUCAGCAGGGUGCUGAAGCCCUCCAGUGUCGCUUGCCCAGAAGGUUGAAGGCUGUAUCUGCUGUG